GCUUCAGAGAAACUUUCCACCCGUGAGCCGGACCGGCGCUAAGUGCGUGUAUCCUUGCCUCUUUUGUGUCGUUGUCGCCUCCACCUCUCCGCACUCUUCUCUCCGCCAGGACCUCACCCCCCCGCCCGCGUCUCGGUCCGUCUGAGCCCCUCUCCAUCCCCCACCCCGGCCGUCUAUGCGCCAGGCCCUCUCCGCGCGGCGCCGGUGAACCCGCGAGCCGCCUCGAUGUACAGCAUGAUGAUGGAGACCGACCUGCAUUCGCCCGGCGGCGCCCAGGCGCCCACGAACCUGUCGGGCCCGGCCGGGGCGGGUGGGGGCGGCGGCGGCGGCGGCGGGGGCGCCAAGGCCAACCAGGACCGAGUCAAGCGGCCCAUGAACGCCUUCAUGGUGUGGUCCCGCGGUCAGCGGCGCAAGAUGGCCCAGGAGAACCCCAAGAUGCACAACUCGGAGAUCAGCAAGCGCCUGGGCGCCGAGUGGAAGGUCAUGUCCGAGGCCGAGAAGCGGCCGUUCAUCGACGAGGCCAAACGGCUGCGCGCGCUGCACAUGAAGGAGCACCCGGAUUACAAGUACCGGCCGCGGCGCAAGACCAAGACGCUGCUCAAAAAGGACAAGUACUCGCUGGCCGGCGGGCUGCUGGCGGCCGGCGCGGGCGGCGGCGCGGCCGUGGCCGUGGGCGUGGGCGCAGCGGCCGUGGGCCAGCGGCUCGAGAGCCCCGGCGGCGCGGCGGGCGGCGGCUACGCGCACGUCAACGGCUGGGCCAACGGCGCCUACCCCGGCUCGGUGGCGGCGGCGGCCGCCGCCGCGGCCAUGAUGCAGGAGGCGCAGCUGGCCUACGGGCAGCACCCGGGCGCGGGUGGCGCGCACCCGCACGCGCACCCCGCGCACCCGCACGCGCACCACCCGCACGCGCACCCGCACAACCCGCAGCCCAUGCACCGCUACGACAUGGGCGCGCUGCAGUACAGCCCGAUCUCCAACUCGCAGGGCUACAUGAGCGCCUCGCCCUCGGGCUACGGCGGCCUCCCCUACGGCGCCGCGGGCGGCGCGCACCAGAACUCGGCCGUGGCGGCGGCAGCGGCGGCGGCGGCCGCGUCGUCGGGCGCCCUGGGCGCGCUGGGCUCGCUCGUCAAGUCAGAGCCGAGCGGCAGCCCGCCGGCCGCGGCGCACUCGCGGGCGCCGUGCCCCGGGGACCUGCGCGAGAUGAUCAGCAUGUACUUGCCGGCCGGCGAGGGCGGCGACCCGGCGGCGGCACAGAGCCGGCUGCACUCGCUGCCGCAGCACUACCAGGGCGCGGGCGCGGGCGUCAAUGGCACGGUGCCUCUGACGCACAUCUAGGGGCGCGCACCCCGCGGCCGGCCGGCCUCCGUACAAACCUGUCCACGUUCUCCUGAAAAGGAAGACACAGGCGCCGCACGCCCGGCGCCGCCUGGCCCCCCGACCGCGAGCUCCCGGGGACCGCUCGGCGGGACGGUUGCGCGUCGGAGACUGAACUCCGGUGUUUUCUUGAGACUUUUUGUACAGUAUUUAUCAUCCAUCCGCGGAGAAGGCAGAAAGCGUCUUCUUUGCUCGAGGGGACACAGAGACCGAACCAAACACGAGGCGACUCCCAACUUUUCUAUCCCCGCCGCGGGCCCGCUUUCAUCCCGCAUCGCCUCCUGACGGCGUCGGGUGACGGCGGCGCGGGGAGCGGGUCUCAUCUAUUAGCAGUGUAGGGAGACGGCGCCAAACACAAGUUUUGGUAGUCGUUAUGGCUUUGGGGGGGGUCGGUUUGUUAAUUUAUACGAAGAGAUUCCCCCCACCCACCCCUUUCAGGCGGCAGCGUUAUUCUGGGUUUUGUAAAACUUUCUGUAUCUGAGCAUUUUCAUUUUUUUUUUGUUUUGUAUUAUUUCAUGUAAAUGCGUUGUGAAAUUUUUAUUUGCGGCGUUGCGGUGUGGAGAGGGGGAUUCAGAUUAUGUACAUAGUUUCCUAAAAAGCCUUUCUUCUAAAAACGAAAAAAAGAACCCCCCACCCUAAAAAAUAAUUGCAUCGAGCUUUGAGUCAAUAAAUUUAAGAGCGAGAAGUCCGUUUUUCCCCCAUAAAUUUGAAACGUGCUAAAUUUAUAAUCAUGCUUUAUGAGCUCAAGAUACAAUUAGUUAAUCUGAAGGAGAAAGAAAAAUUAUCAUCAUGAAAUGAAACUGAGGGAAGCCGGGGGAGAGGGCACAGUGUCCUUGGAGUUGCAUUAAAGAGGAAGGAAGGGGAGUAAAAAUCGAUAGAUUAUUUUGUAGACUUUACACUGUCAUUACGGAACGAGAAAUAAUUGCCCCCCCCCAAAAAAAAACAGUUUUGUAGCCCGGCCUUGGGUGCGCAGUUUUUAACCGCAGGCAGAUGCCGCGGGCUUUGCGAUUCCUUGCUUCCAGCCUCUUCCUGCUGGCCCGGGACCUGCGCGCAGUUUGGUCCAAAGGAGGGAGGAGAAAAGACCCCAGUGGCGGGACCAGGGCAAGGACGGGCGACAAAGACGGUGGGGGUGCCGGGGGGCCCAAUUCCCCUGCAGUUAAUGAGACUGCAAGUGGAAUUUUCUGAAUUUGGCUCAAGGAAACGCAUUCUUUAAACCAAAAUGUACUGCAACCGAUUCCCCUCUGUCUGUCCUCAGCCCCUCCCUCUGGUAUCUCUCUCCUUGGAAAAGGACAAAAUAGUUCUGUUGGGUUUUCACACACAAAACCGAUCACUCCCGGAUGCCCCGCGUGAACUGGGAUGCAAGUUGCUAACCAAUGUGAAUGCAAAAUGCGGUGUUUAUUAUUCCUGACGAGAUCUGAGGUUGUUUGAUGCUUUAAUUUUUUUUAAUUAUAUUUUUUCUAGGUG